GCCAUGUCAAAGCCCGAAAAGGGACGGGACAGCCCCCUUGCCGAGGUACCCUCGGCCGUCAACCCCAGCCAGGGGGCCAAGGUAGCGAAGCGGUUCAACUUCUGGACGGCUUUUGGCAUCGCCGUGUGCACAUCCGGAGCGUGGGAGGGCUGGACCGCGUCCAUUGCCCAAGGCAUUGCCGGCGGCGGAUCCGUCGGCCUCAUAUGGGGCUGGGUGUUUGUUUCUGUCGGCAUCACUUGCAUGGCUUGUUCCCUGGCCGAGUUCGUGAGCAUGUGGCCCUCAGCCGGAGGGCAGUAUGUCUGGACUGCCAAUCUCGCCCCAGCCAAGUACGCCCCGAUGCUGAGUUGGUUCACUGCCUGGUUUGGACUGGCCGGCCUUUGGCUCGGGGCCUUGUCCUGUGGGAUGGGUGUGGCCGUUCAGAUCCAGUCGUAUGUCAUGGUCACGCGAGACUACAAUCCUCUGACCUGGCACGCAUUUCUGAUCUGCCUUGCCUGCAUGGUUUGCUGGAUAAUCCUCAAUAUCUUCGCUGUGAAUGCCCUACACUAUAUGAAUUCAGCUGUUCUCGUGAUUCACGUUGUCGGCUACUUCCUCGUCAUCGGCAUCCUGGCCGGCUUUACCAAGGACAAGCACGACGCCAAGUAUGUCUUUACCAACUUUCAGAAUAGUACUGGCUGGGACAGCGACUUCGUGUCCUGGAGCAUCGGCCUUCUCGCUGCUCUAUAUGCAUAUUUCUCGCUGGAUACUGCAACCCACUUCAGCGAGGAGAUUCCCAACGCAAGCGUCCUUGUUCCGAGAGCAAUGAUCUUGCAGGCGGGCGGCACCGCGCUGAUGACUCUCCCAUUUGUCAUUACCGUUCUGUUCUGUAUUGGAGACGUCGAUGCAGUUCUCAACUCGCCCAUCGGUCUCAUGAGUCCCUUCACGCAAAUCCUGAUCAAUAGCACUUCCAACGUCGGCCUGUCCUGUUUCCUCAACUGCAUCAGCUCAGCCGUGGCCAUGACGGCGGGCUUCGACCUCUGGGGCGCCGCGGCCCGCGCCAUCUGGUCCAUGGCAAGAGACAAUGCCCUGCCCCGUCCCCUGGCUAAGCUGCACCCGCGCUGGAACGUGCCCAUUCUCGCCAACAUCGUGCUGAUAGUCCCGUCCAUUGUCGUCUUCAUGAUCUACAUCUGGAACACGACGGCCUUUUACGGCAUAAUGGCAGGCGUUCUGGUUGCCUUCCAGCUCUCGUAUGUGCUGCCUCUCGGUAUCAACAUCUUCUAUACGCUGUGGUGGAAGAAGAACCUUGUGAAAGGCCCUUUCAACAUGGGACGGUUUUCCACGCCUGUACAUAUUGUGGCCUUCUUGUUCGGUUGCUUCAUGGUCAUUUUCAUGUCGUUCCCCGUCAACAGCCCCGUCAACGCCAGUAACAUGAACUACGCAUCAACAAUCAUUGGCGCUGUCUUUGUGUUGGCGUCACUAUUCUGGAUCUUCUACGGCCGGAGGCACUACCACGGUCCUGUUGAAUUUGCCGUUAAUCAUGACACGGGGUUGGUAGAAAGUGACAAUAGCGGAGUGGACAAGAGUACUAUUUCACAAGGCGAGUGGGCUUGA